CGAGCCGAGCCGUGACAGAACGGGACAGAAGAUAACCUGCAGCGCUUGAAUACAAACAAAACCCUCAAACAUCUCCCUGUGAAUAUUUCAUCUUGGAGAGGAGAACUAGAGUUUGCUUGUGGGGGGUUUUGUUGCGGGAGCAGCGGAACAAUAACCGGGGCUGUGACAGCAGCUCGGUGCAUCGUGCUGUGUGGUGGUGGUGGGGGGGGAUUCCUCUGCCGGCUCCUCCUGGACCGAACCGAGCUGCGGUAACGGGAUAUGUCGUGCGUGACAGGAAGGAUUUAGGGUUUAUUUUGUUUACCUUCUGUUUAUUUACUGAUAAACAGAUAAACAAGCUGAAGGCAGUGCGGCUGUGGCCCAGGAGGACAGAGUGGCCUGGACCCCAGAGGACUGAUGGACCGGAUGACUUUUACAAGAAAAUAUUGGAGCUUUUCUAUGUGAAGAAAAAAAAAUCAAGACAAACAUCCAAUCGCUCAAAGACUCUUAUUGGUUGACAACCGCUCAUCACUAGCAUCUGUGGCUUCGCUGGACCAGCACCUGCAGCCAUGUUCAGCUGGCUAGGGACAGACGACCGGAGGAAGAAGGACCCGGAGGUGUUUCAGACGGUCAGCGAGGGCCUGAAGAAGCUCUACAAGACCAAGCUCCUGCCGCUGGAGGAGAGCUACAAGUUCCACGAGUUCCACUCCCCGGCCCUGGAGGAUGCUGACUUCGACAACAAGCCCAUGGUCCUGCUGGUGGGACAGUACUCCACCGGCAAAACCAGCUUCAUACGCUACCUGUUGGAGCAGGAUUUUCCUGGAAUGCGGAUCGGCCCCGAACCCACCACGGAUUCCUUCAUCGCGGUGAUGCACGGCGACACCGAAGGCGUCAUUCCCGGAAACGCUUUGGUGGUUGACCCUAAAAAGCCCUUCAGAAAGCUGAAUGCAUUUGGGAACGCAUUCCUAAACAGGUUUGUGUGUGCCCAGCUGCCUAACCCAGUGCUGGAGAGCAUCAGUGUGAUCGACACACCAGGGAUUCUGUCUGGAGAGAAACAGAGACUCAGUCGAGGGUAUGACUUUGCUGCGGUCCUGGAGUGGUUUGCCGAGCGAGUGGACCGGAUCAUUUUACUGUUUGACGCCCACAAACUGGACAUUUCUGAUGAGUUCUCAGACGUGAUAAAGGCCCUGAAGAACCACGAGGACAAGAUUAGGGUUGUGCUGAACAAAGCUGACCAGAUAGAGACCCAGCAGUUGAUGAGAGUCUACGGGGCCCUGAUGUGGUCACUAGGGAAAAUAGUCAACACCCCUGAGGUGAUCCGUGUCUACAUCGGCUCGUUUUGGUCCCACCCUCUGUUGAUCCCUGACAACAGGAAGCUGUUUGAGGCGGAGGAGCAGGACCUAUUUAAGGACAUUCAGUCUUUACCGAGAAACGCAGCGCUUCGAAAACUCAACGAUCUGAUCAAGAGGGCAAGACUGGCCAAGGUUCAUGCCUACAUCAUCAGCGCCCUGAAGAAAGAUAUGCCCUCUGUGUUCGGGAAGGAGAACAAGAAGAAAGAACUGAUCGGCAGCCUGUCAGAUAUCUACAAACGCAUCGAAAGAGAGCAUCAGAUAUCACCUGGAGAUUUCCCAAAUUUGAAGAAGAUGCAGGACUUACUCCAGUCUCAGGAUCUCAACAAAUUCCAGCCCCUGAAACCCAAACUCCUGGAAGCGGUCGACGACAUGCUAUCCAACGACAUUGCCGGUCUAAUGGUCCUGGUUCGCCAAGAAGAAAACCAACGCCCUAACCCAGUUGUGAAGGGCGGUGCGUUCGACGGCACUCUGGACGGCCCGUUCGGCCACGGGUACGGCGAAGGGGCCGGAGAAGGCAUCGACGAUGCCGAAUGGGUGGUUGUGCGCGACAAGCCGGCGUACGAUGAAAUUUUCUACACGUUAUCUCCCGUCAACGGAAAGGUGACAGGGGCCAACGCCAAGAGGGAGAUGGUGAAGUCAAAGCUGCCCAACACAGUGUUGGGAAAGAUCUGGAAGCUGGCGGACAUCGAUAAGGACGGGAUGCUGGAUGAUGAGGAGUUUGCCUUGGCCAAUCACCUGAUAAAAGUGAAACUGGAAGGACAUGAACUGCCUUCAGAUCUGCCUGGACACCUGGUGCCGCCGUCUAAGAGGAAAAUACCAGAGUAAAUGUAAGAUUAUCCCCAAGUCCCUGCUCCGCAACCUGUAAGUAGAACCCCACCCCCACCACCAGACCCAUCUCUAGAGAAAAGGAUUCCCAGUAGAAGAGGAAGUUUCCUGUAGCAUCAUAGCAAAAAAACUACAAAUGCACAAAGUAGACUAAAAAUUCCAACUCCCAUUCUGCCCUGUUGCUACAGCCGCACAUCUGCAGGCUUUCCUUUCCUUCAAGAGGCAAAGAUUAGAACAAAAUAUGCAAAUUCAAAUAAAAUCAGCACACUGACUGCAAACCUUUAUAUGACGGAAAAAUCUACGAUUGUAUUUUUUAACACAGAAUUGAGGAUUCGACCUUGUCAACAGUGUGAGUUAGAUUUAACUGCAACAUCUCUUCUGCGCUUUAUCCAGGGUGGAAAUCUGGAUUCUUUAGAUAAGUAUAUUCUUUUUUUAAUUCAAGGUGAGAUAUAUUAGUUGUUUGGAUAGAGAUGUUAGCACAACUGAUACAGUGAAUAGUAAAGAAAAACUAACAAAAUUCUCAACCAUGAAACACUGGAAAAUAGAAAAAUGCAAGUUGGUCGGAACUACUGGAAGAAAACUGGAGAGAAUGUAAAGACAAACAGAUGGAAAGUCUUGUUGGAAGGAUUAUUUGAGGUAUAAAAUGCAAAUAACCAGUUUAUCCCCAUUGAAACUGUGUCAUAGUAACUAUUAUAUGAUAUUAUUAUCUGUAAUCAACACAGUACUACAGAGACGACUUUCACAAGACCACCCAAACAUCUUUUAUUUUGAGGUCCUGAAUAAUUUUAGGUCUCCUGAGAAUUCUGGCUUUUGUUUAAUGGAGAAAUAUUAAACCGCUUCAAAGAC